AAAAUGUCUGGCGAAUUUAUCGACACUGCUUAUGAAGGCUCAGCAGGGAUUCUCUAUGCCGCGUCCUUUAACUUGAGCUAUGUUUUCAACACUACCAACAGCUCAUAUGAGGACUACCUCCACCUGUCAGGCUCUCAGAAAACUGAAACUGUAGGAGAUGGAGCCGCUGUUGUUAGGAUUAUUAUCUCAGUCAUUUACUCUCUUGUUUGCGCGCUGGGUCUGGUCGGAAACCUGCUGGUCUUAUACUUAAUGAAGUCUAAACAUGUGUGGAAAAAAUCCUCCAUCAACCUUUUCGUAACUAGUUUGGCGCUGACUGACUUCCAGUUCGUUCUGACUCUGCCCUUUUGGGCGGUGGAAAACGCGCUGGACUUUACUUGGCUUUUCGGUAAAUCUAUGUGCAAGAUAGUUUCCUAUGUGACAGCUAUGAACAUGUACGCCAGCGUUUUUUUUCUGACUGCUAUGAGCGUGGCGAGGUACUGGUCCCUCGCGUCUGCCCUCAAAGGCAGGCGGCGGCGGGCUCACUGCUGCUCAGCGCGGUGCAUCACCAUAUUCAUCUGGGUUUCCGCCGUCUUCGCCGCUCUGCCCCACGCCGUUUUCUCCACUACAGUGACAGUUUCCAGUGAGGACCUGUGCCUCGUCAAAUUCCCGGAAACCAACGGAUCCGCGCAGUUUUGGUUUGCGCUCUAUCACUCUCAGAAAGUGUUGCUCGGCUUUGUGGUGCCUCUGGGCAUCAUCUCAGCCUGCUACCUGCUCCUUUUGCGCUUUAUCACCUCCAAAAACAUCCACACUUCGAGCGCCAAGCGACGCGCCAAAGUCACAAAGUCUGUCACCAUCGUGGUCUUGUCCUUUUUCCUCUGCUGGCUGCCCAACCAAGCGCUGACAGCCUGGGGCAUCCUCGUAAAACUCAACGCGGUUCACUUCAGUUACGAGUACUACACCAUGCAAGAGUACGUGUUUCCUGUGUCCGUGUGCUUGGCACACUCCAACAGCUGCCUGAAUCCCAUCCUGUACUGCCUGAUGAGGCGGGAGUUCAGAAAAGCGCUGAAAAAACUCUUCUGGCGGAUGACAUCGUCGACUCUGACCACUUUAAGACCGAUCACAGCCACUACAAAGCCGGAGGCGGACGGGCAAGGGCAGGUCCUGGUCCCCGUCUGCGCGCCCGAAGAGCCCGCGGUGGUGUUCUACCCUCCGGGGGCAGUGAUUUACAAUGACAGACGAGACCUGCCCCAAAACAGCACUUAAUCUGAGCUUCGGCGGACGUGUUUUAUAUCCUCUGUGAUGUUGUAUUCAUACACAUUGAAAUUAAGCCUCUUUUUGCCUCACAGCUGUCAAAGGCUCGUGUAGCCGUUCAAGUUGGAAGAAGGAAAGCGUCAAACUGAAGAAUACCCGUCGGUGAUCGCUUAUGACUCAUGCUUGUCCACAGAAAUGCUACUUUGGCCUCAUCGUGUUUGAGAUUUUAAAACCAACUUACUGCAGUAAAUUUCACU